AGAUGAAAAAGAACGAUCGCCUUGUUACAUAUGAUAUUUCUACGUAUUCUCAUUCUCUUCGUCAAGUACGUGAAGAAGUCCUCUAAUCAAGAGGGAUUAGAUAGAUUAAUGGUUCGUUCGUUGGACGAUGCUAAUCAUGUUAUGAGAAGGUUAUUAGGUCAAGACCGGUUAAACCGGCGAGAAGAGCUUAUCGCGUGCCGGCCGGACGAUUCACUCGAUAGAAUACGUACAUAACCUCUCUUUUCUAUAUUCUUUAUAACUCUAUAUAAUAUUUAUAUAUAUGUAUACGCAUAUAUAUCGAAUUAAGAAGUAGGUAAUGAUAGUUGGAGAAUAUUUCUCGUCGUCGUUAAGACUAAAUAUAAUUAUGGAUGAAAUUAAUAUAAGUAAUAAUUUAAUAAAGUGAACAACCUACCGGCCAUGAUAGUAGAAAAUUAUUAACUGCUCGAGUUUCUUUUCUUUUCUCUUUUCUUCUAUUCUCUUUUAUUACUCUUCUAUUCCUUCUUUAUUCUUCUGUUUAAUUGCUGAAUCAAGUCGUGAGACACGAUCUAAGUACACACCCACGAGCUGUCGGCAAAAGAGAAGACGGUAAGAAUAAAUGAAUAACGAGGAAAUAUUUUAUAACGUAACGCGUGCACACUCUGCCGACCUCGCGACGCGAGUGAUCACAAUGAAGAUCUGUUCGUAAGUUCUCUAACUCGAUCUCUCUCUCUCUCUCUCUCUCUCUCUUUUCUUCUUCUCUCUUCCCCACUCCUAUUUCUCCUUCCUUUAUGUCUCAUGUCUGUGAAACAGAAAUCUUUAUCUUUUUUACCGAGCGAGCAAACGUACGACAGAACGAGCGCGCACAAAUGCGCCACCAGCUAAGAAUCAAAUCUCGAUAUAUUAUUCACCGUAUGAAUCAAACUAGAUCUGACAUUCUCGAGUGUAUCAUCUAUCCGUCUUUUUCAGAAAAUAUAUAUGACAUAACCUCUAUCUCUCUCUCUAUCUUACAUCUACGUUAUUUUAAUAUAUGCGAUCCGAUAAUAACAUACAUCGGGUAGCGGCAAAUCGAAUCCCCACAAGAGAUGUCUCGAGUUAUGAAAGCGUAUACGGAGCUUCGUAUAAAAAAAAAAAAAGAAAAGAAAAAAAGACCGAUUUAAUAACAAGGUUAAGGCUUAAAGAAAGAAAGAAAGAAACGAAAAAAAGAAAAAUAAACGAUGUAUUAAGAACUCCGGUCGGUCGAUUUAAAUUUGUUCGAAGGAAUAAAGGGAUUAGUUUUUAAAAGGAAAAGGAAAGGAACAAAAAAGAAGAACUUCACACGUUGAUGCGCAAGAUAGGUACGAAUCGAAGGUGGUGGGAAGAAGGUGAUAAAAGGGAGGUAAUACAGUGGCGACACCUGUCGCUGGAACAUUGCGGCAUACGAUGCGUCGCGUUUCAGUUCCGGUCGUUCCUCGAUAGCGAGCGAAUAUGCGACGUAGAGCGGGAGGAAGUAUUGCAGGGGCCGACGAGGAUAAGACCGAGGAUUCGUCGUACGGUGGUAGCGCGGCGCGUGACACUAAAGAUCGUCAAGAAAUUCUUACGUCUCGUUUUGAUAAAAAAGAAAAGGCCAAUUGGAAAAUGUAGGCACGCAUCACGGGCAUCGAAGUGCGUGCCCGUUUAUAAGCACGACGAAUCGAUCGGGGAAAAAAAAACAAAAAAAAAAAAAAAAAAAAACAAAAAGAACGUCGUUGAACACUUACACGUCGUCCUAGUCAGUCUUGUUUUUCGUCAUCCUCCUCGUCAUCUCCUCAACCUUGUCCUUCUCUUUUUUUCAUCUUCUUAUUUCCUUGUUGUCAUCGCGACAACGUAUUUACAUUCUUCCCUACUACUUCUUCUGAGCUGUGUUAUUUGUUUUUCUCUUCCUUUUUUUCUUUCUUCUUCCUUUUCUAUCUAUCUGUCUAUCCAUUUAUCCACCCAUCUAUCUAUCUAUCUUCUAACCUCCCCGUCGUCCGUCAACGACGACACGGCCCACGUUCGAUAUCCGAAAGAGAUGGCCAGCUCACCGAGCAGCAUUGAAAAUCAGAUAGACAGUUUCCUGGAACAGUUCAAGCGUAGUGCGUCUCGCGCCAUGGAGGAGUCCCACAGAUCCGCUUAUAGCAAUGCCUGCGGAAGUAGUAGCAUCAGCCGUAGCAGGAGCGGUAAUCUGGACCUCGAACUUCUAGAGGCUGAUCGUUAAGAGAGAAUCGCGCGAUUGGCCAAUCGGCGAUCGAUUUUCGAGUGAGUGCAAACGCGCGAAAGGUUGUGGGAGGACAAGAAGAAGAAGAGGAAGAAGAAGAAAAGGUUUGCAAGGCCGUAACUAAAGAGUCGUCGACACCGGGUGCAUCGUUCGAGAAGGGCGUACGAGAGGACAUACCACCCCUCUUGUGUUUUAACUGUUCUCGUUCGUUCAUUCGUUCGUUCGUUCGUUCGUUCGUUCCUUUACCCGCACGGUUGCCUCCUCUCUAUCGAUCAAAUGAGAGAAAACGGUAUCCUCGUAUAGACCUCCUGUAGAGCCUCCUUUUGUCGUCGUAAGUCGGCGCAGCAUUCGACCGGAAUUUGUCGUCGUGAAAAAUCGGUUUUCGCCGACACAACAGCGACAGUAGCAACAGUAACAGUAGCGGCAGUAGCAUCAGCAGCAGAAGGCAGUAAUAGUAACAGAAACAAAAAACAGAGAAAGAAAGAAAGAGACGUGCGGGUUCGUCCGUCGUGGAGGCAAGAUGAUCCUCCGUCGAAAAUCUGUGCACAGCUGCAACUGUCCCUGUCAUCAGCAUUGCUCGACGAGAUGCGCAGAAGAUGUUGAGAGUAUGACUGGCGAAAUAGAGAAUGGGGAUCUUGCAGUUCGAGAUGUUGCAGACCUUCUUCAACCACAAUAUGCUAUAAUUGCUGGCGGAAAGACUAAAGAAGGCUGUCCAAUAAUUACCUUUCCUGAUAAUGGUAGCUUCCAUAAUUUGACUGAUUUGGAUUAUCAGCGUCUCAUGCUAUAUCUCACUUCAGUGCCAACUUUACAAGAAGCUGAUCUUGGAUUCCAUUUAAUUAUCGAUAGAAGAAAUGAUAAAUGGAAUUCAGUCAAAACAGUCCUGUUGAAAAUUUCUGGAUUUUUCCCUGGAUUGGUACAUGUAGCAUAUGUUUUGCGACCAGCUGGUUUUUUACAAAAAGCUAUAUCAGAAGUGUCAAAUAAAUUGUUCAGAGAAGACUUUAAAUUUCGAGUUAUAUUUUUAGCAAAUGUUGCCGAACUCUAUGAGUUUGUAGAUAAAGAUCAACUUACUGAGCAACUAGGUGGGAAUUUAUCAUACUGUCAUCAUACUUGGAUACAAAAUAGAAUUAGUUUAGAAAAAUUCUCAUCAAUGACACAAGAUGUAUCACUUGCAUUGGAUUCUUUUACUCGGCGUUUAGCUGAAAUAGAAUUUCCUAAUAAUACGAUUGCUACUACAACUUUAUUAUCCCAACAGCAAGCAGAAUAUAAUGAAUUGAAAGAAGAAAUUCUUAGUGCCGCUAGACAUGGGGAGGCUCUUUUAGAUAGUGUACGACAAUUAACUGGCAAAGGUACACCAGAUAGAUUAGGAAAUGUUGCAGCAGUAGAAAGAUUACUUGUGCAACUGGAAGAAACCGAACGUACAUUUGAUCUAUUUUGGUCACAUCACAGUUCACGUUUGAGACACUGUCUAGCCUUGAGACAGUUCGAACAAGACUUUAGAGAACUACAAACCACAUUAGAUCAACAUUUAAAAACUGUCGAAGAAAUGACAGAAGUUGGGGAGACUCAAGCAAGAGUUGAACAAUUGCUCUGUGAUACAUCAGCAUUUCAAAGAAUAUGCAGGGGAGACAUAGAUCGUGCUGAGGAAGUGAUAUCUGCAGGUCAACAAUUGUUAUCUGGAAGACACCAGUGUCCUGCAGAUGUUGUAGAACCCAAAUGCGUAGAGCUCCAGAGGAUUUGUACUAUUCUUAGUCAACGAUUAGAAAGGCGGUUGCAUAUGUUAACAAAAUGCAGAGAACUCAUGGAGCGUAUAGAUAAGGCUAAUACUUGGUGUACACGUGGUAUAGAAUUGCUUGCAUCACAAAACAGCACAACACCUCCAGACCAAGCUCUUCAAGAAUUACAGCAGUUAAUAGAAGCUGCAGAAGAAUUUCAUCAUCCUAGGUGUAUUUUCCAAGAUUCUGUUAUGCCAGAAACUAAAGCACUUAUUACUCAGGUUUUACAAAGAAUAGAAGAUGUAUCUUUGAUGUGCGAUAAAAGAAUUAUGGCACUCAAGCAACAAUUAAUUAAACCAACAAGACCAGUUCAAACCGUAACACCAGAACCAGUAAAGCCGUUACAAUCACUGCCUCAAAUAGUAAAACCUGGUAGAAUCUUGAAGAAAGCCAAUACAAUGCCAAAGAUGGAAAUGAGCCCUAUAGAAGGAGAAUCUUCAUCGCCAGAAAGUGAACCAAGGGAUAUAGAAGCUUUGCGUUUAAAACGGGGUCAUGUUUUAGCAGAACUUGUUGAUACAGAGCGGAUUUAUGUUGCUGAAUUAGGUUCAAUUAUUAAAGGUUAUAAAAUAGAGUUAACGAAUGAAGCAAUGGCUCAUCUAAUACCAGUAGCACUAGUCGGCAAAGCCGAUGUAUUAUUUGGGAACUUAGAGGAAAUUUGCAUUUUUCAUGGGGAGACAUUUUUGAGGGAUUUGGAAAACUGUAUUUCAAAUACUGAGCUUGUUGCUCUUUGUUUUGUUCAAAGGAGAGAGAUAUUCUUCAGGCUGUAUAGUUAUUACUGUCAAAAUAUUCCAAGAUCAGAAAGAUUACGCGAGCAGAUACAGAAUGAACCACAAUUUUUAGCAGCGUGUCAGCAAAGACUUGGUCACAAACUUCCACUUGCAGCUUAUCUUCUAAAGCCUGUUCAAAGAAUUACUAAGUAUCAAUUGUUAUUGAAAGAUUUGUUAAAGUAUAGCGAUGAACCAUCAUGUUGCACAGAAUUGCAGGAAGCUAUAGACUGUAUGUUGGUUGUAUUAAAAUGUGUUAACGAUAGCAUGCAUCAAACCGCCAUUACCGGGUUUGGUGGCGAUUUAAGUGCACAGGGUGAACUUUUAUUGCAAGGUUCGUUUAGUGUUUGGAGUAGCAGUAAACGUGAACUUAAUCUUUUAAGAUUAAAACCAUCACAACGACAUAUAUUCUUAUAUGAAAAAGCGCUUAUAUUUUGUAAGCAUAGCAAGCCUCAAGCACACAAUAAAGCUACUUAUCAUUUCAAAAGAUACUUGAAGAUGUCUCAGAUUGGUUUGACAGAGUCAGUAAAAGGUGAUGCAAGACGAUUUGAAAUUUGGCUCCAAGGUAGAGCUGAGGUUCAUACAAUACAAGCACCUAGUAUAGACGUCAAGCAAUCUUGGGUAAAACAAAUCAAAGGUGUUUUGAUGUCUCAAUUAGCUGAACUUAAAGGAAAACAAAACUCGGCGCUUGGAAAAUCUAAUCACAAACCUUUACGCCAAACAAUCUCCUGGGAAGCUCAAAAUAGUGUUUCGGGAUCUUUACGCACACUUUCAGUGGAUGGCAAUAGCGUUAUUUCACAUAUAACAGAUGUGUCUCAGUCAACGGAAGAUGAUGUCGCUUGGAGUUCAGAAAAUAGUAAUACUGACGAUGAAGAUGCUUUUGGUGACAGUCCUGGUCCAGCACCUGGUGGAAGAUAUGUAGCAUUAGCAGAUUAUUGCGCUGUUGGGCAAUCUGAAGUCACUAUGCAUGAAGGUGACAAUUUAGAACUUCUGAAAGUUGGUUGCGCAGGUUGGUGGUUUGUUAAACUCAUAGGGACAGGCGUUGAGGGAUGGGCACCCGCCGCUUAUUUGGAGCCAAUGAAUCGGAAAACAUCACGCAGUUCUCAGUCAGUGAAUAGUCAAGAGACUAUAUGAAAUAGGCGAUUAACACAUUAGGUUGACUAAUGUGUUAUACCAUUAAUCCAUUACACUGUUGAGGAAUAUCAAUUGUUGAUAUUAACUGUUAAUAACGGUAUUUUGAAACUUUUUUCAAGAGGAAUAUACAAAGAAGACACAAUGAAAUUCUCUUCUAUAGAUUGCAGCUAAUGAUUUGUAUAUGGACUUACACUUUUCUGGUAAGAUAUUGUGACAUGCAUUUGGAUAACGUUUACUUCAUUUUUUAAACAUGUCCAAUAUCCGACAUGGAAUGAUAUAUUAAAACGAGGAAGAUUUGUUGGAUUUUAAUUAUUGAGAGACAAGGAGAUAAUUUAUUAUAUCGGAUAAUGUAAGAAUGUAUGAGAGAAAUGAAUUUGAUAAUUGCGCAUUGCAUUAAACCGUUUGCAAUGUUUCUUGAAUAAAUAGCGCUUACAUUAAUACAAAAGUGUACCUACUAUUGGAUAUAUCUAUGUGAAGUUAGAGAAAGAUAUUGUAUUGUACAAAAAAAUUGCUCGGUGAUGAAUUCCCAAAAAUAUGUGCACGCACAUAUGUAUAUUUAGAAUUAAACAAUCGCGUUUGUAUAAUAAGGAAUAUGCAGAUUUUAAGUCUGUAUUACACAUUAAAGCAAUCGAAUAAGGAGGUAAAGCUGCUGAUUUAUAUGAAUACCAUCCUUGCAGUGUUAUUCAAUAAUAUUUUAACAAAUGCAAACUACACGUAAAGUUUGCAAAUAGUAGUCUUAACAUGUGACCAGUACAAUUAGUUAUAUCGGUUAUAUGCAAAUAUUCCAAAGUUACUACCAUUAUAUAGAGUAUUAUUGUUUAAUAUAUCUCAUUCAUAUGAAUGUUAUUUUCUUUGAUAUUAAAAAAACAAAAGUGCAUGUAACUGAAUAAAUGCAAUAUAUUUUCCUUGUACGCUUUUUCACGAUAUUCGUUAAGAUUACGAAUUUGUACCUUUAGAAUAGAAUUAUUAUCUAGUUUCUUUCCAUAUAAGCAAUAUAGUACAAUUUAGAUUAGAUAUUCUUUAAGUAUUAUUACGCGAUAUAUAUAUGAUAGAGAAUAUUUGCAUACUAUCGGAAAAUGGUCACAUUGCCUUGAGAGGUGAAAUGUGUGAUACAUACAAUGUUAGUUUUCAUGCUUCUGUGAUUAAUAAUUAUUUUACACACAUGCAGAAGUAUUUAGUUAUGAUAUAUUGCCAUUUUUAGGAUAUUACAUAAUAUUGUUAAUGAGUCAUUGCGACCAAAUAACUGAACAUUUUCAACAAUCAUGAAUAAAAAUUUGGCUAAUAAAAAUGUUAAAAUAAUACGCAAAGUGAAAUGAUUGUGAGAUGUACACAAUUCUUCUAGAUGAUAAAAUGUUAACACCAAGUAUCAUGCAAUAUUAAAAGAAAAAGAAAAGAAAAGAAAAGAAAAAAGAAAAAAAAAAAAAAAGAAAAAAAAAAAAAAAAAGAAAAAAAAAAUAAAUAAAUUGACUACGAUAAUAUCUCUAAUCUAAUAAAGAUACAUAAUAUUUUAGGAAUCAAACAGACAGUCUCAGUUUUAGCAAAAUGCGUAAUCCACAAAUAAAUUCAUAAUAAUAACAUGUGUACAUAUAAUUUGUACUCAGAGUUUGUAUGGACAUAGAUAACACGACUUAACUUAAAAAGCGUCUAUCUGCUUUCUUUCACUAAGUACUAUGCAGGAACUAUGUGCAUUAAAUCAACGGUAUUAUCUAUAAAAAAUUAUUACUUGAUAAGUUUUAUUUAAAUUACAUUUUUCACACUAAAUACAGGGUUCCAAUGUAAUUAUUAGACACAUAUAUUUAUUAAAUAUGAAUUAUUUAUUUUUGCAAUCUACAACAAGUAGAAAAGCAAAAUAUAAAAGAAAAUAUAAAAUUUAUGUAAUUUAUAUAGUUUUACGAUUAUUAUCUAUUAUAUUUGUUAUUUACAAAGAAUUCAAAUGCAAUAGAAAUUUGUAGUUUAUAUAUUUUUAUCCAUUUUCACGCCGUCCUCAUACUAAUUCUAAAAUUUUGAUCAGAUAAACUAAAUCUAUUUAAUUAUAUAUUAUUCAUGUUUUUGUUAGAUUUUCUUUAAAAGUAUUAAAAUAAGUAAUUAUAUUUGAAUAGAACACGAUAUUAUCCAAGUCUAUGUUUACAUACGAGAAAAAUUUUAAAUACUGCGCAAUCUAAGCCCGACGAUUUAGCAGAUUUUAUUUAUAAUAGGUAACAACAAGUUUACCUGCAUAAUACAGCUUUACGUGAAAAGAGGUUUUAUAUGUUUAUGCUGUUAAAAAAAUAAUUCUACCAUCUAAGUAUGUUCAUAUAAUCUUUGCAAAAUAUGAUCUUUUAUUUAUACUUUAGUUAGAAGACAAGCUGUAAUAUCCAUAAGUAGAAAAAGUGAUUUAAUCAUUAAAAGAGAUUUUGUAGCAACUAUACAUAUAUAGACAAUAAUCUUGUCCAUUGUUAAAUGAUAUUAUUCAACUUUUAAACAUUUUGUGAACAUGAUAACAAUUCACAAUAAUAAUAUAACAAUAUCGCCAUACUUCCCUAAAUACACUGGCAAAUAUAAGCAGAUUCUUGCAUACAAAUUCUUGCUGUAGGUAAUCUUGAAACUAUAAUAAGAGUUAAGAUCUGAAAUAUUAUGAAUGUUUGCAGAUCAAUCAGCUCUUGUUGCUAUAGUGAGAUCAACUGCUUUUUACUAAAGGGUUCCUUUUGUUGUUCCUUUGAGAAAAAGAGGAAUAAAUUAUAUUUUUACACAUAAUUUGGAUGCAGAAAUUGCUUCUAUUUGCUGUAAAUGCUAUUAUAUAUUGACAUAUACAGAUUUCUCAAUUCAUACACUUAAGAACAGUUAUAAGAAAACUAAUUAUAUGGGAUCUUACUUUGGGGAACAAAAUUCUGGAUUUAUCCUAUAGUCUGGUAAUAAACAGCCAUAUAUUUUUCUGGAG